GGAAUAAGUAGCUAUUUUCAACAGCUGCUCAACAAGCGGAUGGUCUUGAAUUCGAGGGAUGAUGCGAAAUCAAUUCUUCACCGGCUAAUUUUUGUGUCUAUGAUCUCCCCGGAUCUGGCAGAUAAGAGAGACCUUGGAGAAUUCUGGGAGCAGCAGUUCCAGCAGUAUAAUCAGGGGGAGACAGUAACGGGCAUCUUGCUUCUCUACCCGUCUUGUACCAUCCAUGUUCUUGAGUCGGGUGGAGAUGUCUUGUACUGUGCGCUGAGGGAUCUGAGCAAGAUGAAGAAACAAGGGGAAAGGGCUCUAGUGCUGAACCCCAAGAUUUUGGUUUUGUCCCAUAACAUCCCCAACCGACUGUUCAGCCAGUGGAGCUACAAAGUCCUGGAUGUUCCUGGUCACUACUUGGGGGAUAAGUACAGUGAGGAGGCUACAGAUGGCAUCAUCACCGAGUGCCUGACCAAGAUACUCAAGAUUGGAAAGCAGCUGACCAAAUACCCCAAGGGUUCCAAAACCAUUCCCAAUUCCCUGUUUGAGAAAUCGCCGGAGCUGACCAUCCCCCAGACCUCCAUCCUGCACCUCCUGCACAGUAGAGAGCUCCUCACACCAGACCAAUUCCUGCAGGCCUAUGACAGCCCCCUGCAUGUCACCCUGGAUUCGGGACAUGUGUUUGGGAGCUUAAACCAGACCUCCGUGUAG